GUCUUUCUUUAUAAUUCGUUUUACAUUCAGUGUGUUAACAUUUAAAAAAAUGGCCAAAAGUACAAUCGUUAAUUUGCCCCAAAUGGUGGACUUGGCAUUAAAUUCACCAGAGAUUGGUGUUGUGAAUUUUACAGUUUUACACGCCCUUCUCCAUGUAAUGGUUCAACAGUUGUCUCUUUCCGAUUUGAACGUAGAGUUUCGAGGAAACGAUAGCGAACGUCUACAGACUUACAUGGAAAAUGCUAAACCCGGUCCAAUAAUUACAUUAACCGAAUAUGUAAUAGACAAAGAGGGCAAAGAGAAGAUGCCAGCAACUGAUGAAGACAGAAGUGAGAAAACUGACAAGGAGGUGGUAAUUAUUGGGCAUGCGGAAAGAGUAGACACGUCAGCCUUGAAAAGAGAUGUCGAGGAGUUGAAGACAAAAUAUGAGAUACUGUUGGAUCUUCCUAAUAAUGAGGAAUUAAUCAGAGAAAUCAGGAAGUCGCAAACUGAAUCAGGAACACUACCAGGACUGCUUCAAGGAAUGGUGAACAAGGCCAAAUUGGAGUCGUUGGAGGAGAUGGUGAAAAAUUUGACUGCAGUUGUUGAAUUUGUUGGUAGAGAUUCUUCAGCUGCCGAUGUUUUAGCCGCAGCACCAGUGAAACAGUAUGAACUUAUGGAAGUGGUCGACAGGCUUGAAGAUAUUGAAACAGCAUUAAAAAACGAAAAUAUCAUGAGAAGACCUUCAAGAAAAAUAAAACCUGAUUCUGACUUAGACAAGAGAAGGUCAAUUAAGAGGUUGUCACAAGAUGAUGAUGACAUGGAGGAUGAGGGUGAGUUGCCGAGGAAAAGAAGAGAUUAUAGAGACGACGACUUUGACGAUGAAAGACCUCCUGCAAAAAGAAAAUCUACGAAAGACAUGAAACAUAAAUCGUCAGUACUUUUGAAAAAGUCUAAACGUUCUAGUACGAAAAAUGUGAAGGGUAUAUCUAAGAAGGAUUCUUCAGAUGAGUCAUUAACUCCCGAUGAAGGUGGCGCGAAAGAAGGAACUACAAAGAGUAAGACCGUAAAGCAUAAAGAUGUUGACACUGAAAGAGUAGGUGAGGAUGAAGAACAAACCCCUAGUCAGGCAAAAGCUAAAAAAGUUCAAAAACAGGAAGCAGGAAAAGACGAUAGUGAUGAAGACGUCGAUACUCGCGCAGAAGAACGCAAACAAAAAAAGGCAAAAAGAGAUUCAGUGAAAAUAAAAGAAGUUGAUAUCGAUGAAGAUAUUAAAAGAAAACAAAGAAGAGAACAAACGAAAUCAACGGACAGUUAUGAUGAUACAGAAGCUCCACUAGUAGAUGAACGUAAAAAGAAAACGUCAAUAAAAGAUCGACAUAAAAUAAGAGAAAUUGACCAAGAUGAAGAUAUCGAUACACCAGUAGAUAGCAAACAAAGAAAAAAAGAAGGGACGAAGGUACGAAAAGUCGAAAGUGAUGAAGAUGUCGAUAGUAUAUCACAAGAUAGCAAACAAAGAACAUCAAAACAAGAUGAAACAAGGGCAAAGAGGGUGGAUGAUGAAGUUGUGGAUCGAAAACCAGGAAACAUCAAACAAAAAUCAAAAAAAGAUCAAGUGAAAUCAAGAGAAGACGACAGUGAUGAAUACAUUGAUAAAGCAGAAGCAGAUGGCAAACAAAAAACACCUAGAGAUCAAAGGAAGAAGGAAGAAGAUGAAGAAGAUAUUGAUGAAGCACGAUCCGAAGAUCGUAAACGAAGACCAUUAAAAAAGGUUUAUAGUGAUGAAGAUGAAAGUUCUGCUGAAUCUGGUAAAUCGAGGCACCCAAGAGGAAAACACAAACCUACAAGAGAAUCUGAUCACGAAGAGGAGGAAAUCCUUGAAGAUACCGAAGUGGUCUACAAAAAGAAAAAAGCGAAACGUGUUAGUGUUGGAGAAAUAUAUUCUGAUGAGGAAGUACAUGAAAAAAGACAACAAAAACCAAAAUCCCCAAGGGAGCAAACAGGAAGAGAUAGUGAAGAUUAUGAAACUCCUCAAAGAACACCUAUUCUAUCAAAAAAACGCGAUGGUGAAGAAGUUCAAACACAAAAAGGAGUUUCCGAAUGGGAGUAUGAAAGAAUUGAUGAAGUUCCGUCACCAAGAUGGAAAGAGAAAACAACAAGCAGAAAAGCAUCGGAUGGUGGAAUCAGAAAAGGUUCAAGUCAGGUUGAACAAUUCUCAAGUACAUUAGUCGAAUCACCUCGUGAACGCGAUAAGCGAAAAUCCCCACGCGGUCAGACGAAGGAAGAAUUCAAGGACCAAAUGCGUGAUGGAAGGGAAAAGACACUGAAGGAAAGAGAGAAACAACGCUGGUCUGAUACAAGUCCAAGACGGACGUUUAUAGAGGACGGCAACACAUACAUCAAACAUAAACGUCCGACGUCAUCAACAAUUACGGAUGAUGAAGAACCAGAAGAGGAUCAUCACAUUGGUCGUCCAGCAUUGACUGGUUCAAAACUGGCAAAUAUGAAAGUAGCCGAAGCUCUCCAAAUGAUACAGGAAGACAUGGUAAACAUCUACCAAUUUGUUGAUCAACGUUUCGAAAUCUUUGGCCACAGUAUUAACAAAUUAAAGUUCACGAUUAGGGCUGUCCAGUGUCCUUUGAACUGUAAAAUGGAGGAGUAUGAAAUUGCUUUGAACGAACAUCAGGUAACACUGAACCAGUUAUCACAGAAAGUAACAUUUCUAGUAGAUAAUAUGGGGAAAGAUGAUGAAAUGAUGGAUCGCCUCAUUCUGCUUGAAGAAGACUUUCUUGAUUUGCAACAUAAAAACGUUACGUUGUGGGAGGAGAGGAAGCUGAGGAAGGCUAUAACGGACAAUCUACAAUAUACUGUGGAACAUAUGAAAAACACGAAGGCGGACAAGGAAGAUGUUGAAGACGCCCUGCUUGAUAAAGUGGACAAAUGCAUGCUGGAACCGCUUGUCACCCAGGCACAAUUAAAGGACGUACAAGACAAUUUUGUCGGUAACGUGCAGGACAGCUUCAAUCAGUUGAAAAACCAAGUGAUGAAUUGGUCUUUGGAGUUGGCCCAACUCGAGGCUGCAAUAUCGAAGAAACUGGACGCUGACGAAAUGGAGGCUCUGAAAGAACACACAAACACACGACUGAAGUCACUGCAUGACAAAAUCACUAAGAUGUCGGUAAUGAAAGAUACAACAGAAGCUGCAGGAGCCAAAUCGAAAUUCAUCAGGAACAUUACUUGUUUGUCAUGUGAUAAGGAAGUAAUGAUGAGAAAGGAGCCCGAUAGUGUUUCAUAUCCGAAACCGGCUGCCCUUCCUGGCGGGAGAAGUAUGGGCGCCUAUUUGGCCUAUGAAUUGGAUUAUUUGAGAAAGCACCAGAAAUGCGCAAAGAAAACUAAAAACUUGAUUGCUGUCGAACAAGCCAUAUUGGGUGGAAAAGUGGAGAAACCGGAAACGGAUCACAUUUGUAAUCGUUACUGUGGAGGAAGUUUCACUACCACAACACCGGAACAAAGGGUAGCGAGAGUUGGACACUUUUUAAAUCAAUGGGAUCCGGACAAUUUUCCUGUUACUGAUAGUGGAGUUAGAGGGACAGAUGGCAAAGUUUACAAAGGACGAGCAAAAGAAACUACUAAAAAGGAUGUAGACAAAAAUGCUGAAAUUGACUCAAAGGAAAAAUUGCCAAAAAAAUAAUUAUUACAUGAUGACGAAAAAAAUAAAAGUUAAAUUUA